GAUUUUAGAUCCACUGCGUUGCGGGUUUCAGUGCACGCGGGCGUUCAAACGAUCAGAUUUGUAGUAAAAAGGAAGAGAGCGUUUUGUUUACACUGAGAAGUGGGUAAAGUUCAGCCGCUCGGGGUUUCAGCUGCUGCUGCCGGAUUUUAAAGGAUAUUAAUAUAAAACGAUGGACUGGACUAAAAUGACGAAAGAUGAGCUCGAGCGGCAGUACUCCCCCAGCAGGUGGUCCCACAGGAUGGACGCGGACGCGGUGAUCCAGGCGCACGUGAAGGCUCUGAAAGCCGGCACAGAGCGAGCGCGCAGCCUGGCUCAGACUUUACUCAACAUCCCAUACGGGGAGGGGGACGGGGAGAAGCUGGACAUUUACAUACCGAAGACCAACUCUCUGGAUCUCAACCUCGUCAUUUACAUCCAUGGGGGGUACUGGCAGUUUCUCAGUAAGGAGGAAUCUGGGUUCUUGGCUGUUCCUCUCAUUGAGAAGGGCGUAGUUGUGGUUGCCGUUGGUUACGACAUUGCCCCGAAAGGUAACAUGGACCUGAUGGUGUCUCAGGUUCGCCGGAGCGUUGUGUCCAUCGUCCAGCAGUAUUCACACAUCAGGGGUCUUUACCUGUGUGGCCACUCGGCGGGGGCUCACCUGGCUGCCAUGGUCUUGUCCACUGACUGGUCACAAUAUAGCCUCAAUCCUCAAAUCAAAGGUGCUUUUCUUGUGAGCGGCAUAUACGACCUCCUGCCCAUCCUGCCCACCUACAUCAACGAGCCUUUGAAGAUGACCGAGGCCGUGGCGGCCAGAAACAGCCCCAGCCAGCUAGUCUCUCAGCUUCAGGUGUCCUCCCCCAGCUGUCAAAUCAUCGUGGCCGUCGCUGAGAAUGACUCGCCGGAGUUUCGCAAGCAGUCGGAGGAAUAUUACACAACUCUGAGAGCGGCAGGACUGAAGGUGAGCCUGGAGGAUGUGCCGGACACGGAUCACUUCAGCGUCGUCGACCAAAUGGUCGAUCCGGAGUUUUGUCUAACGAAGCUUUUAUUGAAGAUGAUGGACAGCUGAAGAUCAGACGCCUCAGCAUUCCUCUGUGUGCACAGACGCUAUGAAAAGCAAGAUUUCUUUUCCUUUUUGGGGGUGGGGGGAGGGGGUCUAAACAGUUGGAAUGAACUAAAAGCGCCACUGAUUGUUUUGUCUUGUCUACUGCUGGAUAACAUAAAGUUAGGAAUCGUGUCCUUCAUGGUUCCAGUGUGUUUUAUCGGGCCUGCUGUAAACAGACCACAGAUCUGCAGUCACUGUCGUCAGCAGAGGCGGUUCCACCUUGUUCUGAAGGCUGUCGACGCUUCGGAGCAGAUCCCCGCCCGUGUACCAAUCAGUGAACAGACGUGGUUUUCAGUAGUUCUUCUGCUGUUGCUCCCAUCGGCAUCGGCAUGCUGUGGAUCAGUGGUGAACAAAUCAAUAGUUUUAUUUGAUGAUAGUUGACUGAAAACAUGAAUGUGAGCAAGAACAGACACACAUGGAGACUUUCAGGUGGCUUGAUGCCAUUUUCACAAUGUUCCUCUCAUUUUCUGCAAGAUAUGGAUGAGAAUCACAAUAAACAUUUAUAUUUGAGAA